GUUUAUGAACCUAAUUAAAGUUAAAACUUACUUUCUUCAGUUUUAGUGGAAUUAUGCAAAAGGUGCAAAGUGGCAUAAUAUAUUAAUUUAAAUUGAAUGUUAAAAUGACUAUGGUUUGUUUCAUGUUCUCUCAGAAAUUUUAGUUUAUAAAUAUAUAAACUAAACUAACUAUAUUUCAGCUCACAGCAACUAAUCUACAAAAUAAAAUACAAGAAUUUAGUUGCCGCUUUGGAGAAAAAGUAGAAAUAGUACUACGGAUUGAUAUAUAAAGAAUUAAGAGUAGAUUCAAUAGCAGUCCGGCAAACAAAUAGCAAGAAAUCAAAUUAUAAUGUGGAAAAAAACAGUCUAGUGUGAACACUGAAAUUAAUGUUUGAUUAAAAUUUCGGGUUUGGUGACUGUGCUUGAACGUUUUAAAUGUCAAUUUUAGUGCACAUUUUGAGGUAUAAUUAUAAUAUGAUAUUUGAUUAGUGAUUUACUUCUUGUUUGAGUUGUCACUCUUUAUGUAUACCCACAAAUCCAAUUUCAGUUUAGGUUUAGUAAUAAAAGUUGAUUUUGUAAAACCUAUUUCUACUUUUAAAAAGUGAGAAUUGUAAUACAACAAGUACUUAAUGAAAUGAGAAAAGGAUUAAUGAAGAUUUUAAAAUAGAAACCUAAUCUGAAAAAGAUUAAAUCUCUUUGCUAUCUUACUUUGGGAGGAUCAAUGUCCUAUCAGUUUAUCUAUUACAAAAAAGAUUUUGAAGGAUACUAUACCCAUAUAUUACAACCUAUAAGCCAGCGUUUAAAUCCCGAAUGGGCACACAGACUUGGUGUUUCAGCAUUGAAAUAUGGUCUAUUUCCAUCUGAGAACUUUCAGGAUCCCAUGGUAUUGAAAACAAAUUUCUUAAAUUGUGAAUUAAGCAAUCCCAUUGGUAUAGCAGCUGGAUUUGAUAAACAUGGAGAUGCAGUGAAUGGUUUAAGAAGAAUAGGAUUCUCUAUCAUAGAAAUUGGCUCUGUUACACCUGAACCCCAACCAGGAAAUCCAAAACCCAGAGUGUUUAGAUUACCUGAAGAUCAAGCUGUUAUAAACAGAUAUGGAUUUAACAGUGAAGGACAUGAUGUUGUUCUCCAAAAGAUACAAAACAUUGACAAAGCUCUCCUAGAUAAGGGUUUAUUAGGAAUCAAUUUGGGCAAAAACAAACAUUCUACUGAUGCUGCUGACGAUUAUUCACAAGGAAUCAAAAAAUUUCAUGAAGUGGCUGAUUAUUUUGUUAUAAAUGUUAGCAGUCCAAACACACCAGGAUUGAGAUCAUUACAAAGUAAAACAGAGCUACAAAAGUUAUUAGCAGAGGCAAAUACAACAUUAGAAUCAUUAAAAAUGGCAAAAAGGCCUCCACUACUUUUAAAAUUAGCCCCAGACUUAAGCAUAGAAGAGAUGAAAGAUAUUGUUUUAGUUAUAUCAGAAAAGAAAACAAAAGUUGAUGGCCUUAUCAUUUCAAAUACUACAAUUGAUAGGUCUAGGCUUCAUAAUGGUAAAUAUGCUCAAGAGUCAGGUGGACUAAGUGGAAAACCAUUAACAGAUAAAUCUACUGAAAUGAUUAAAACUAUGUACAAAUUAACACAAGGGAAAAUACCUAUAAUAGGAGUUGGUGGUAUAUUUAAUGGAAAGGAUGCUUAUGAAAAAAUAUUAGCAGGUGCCAGUGCUUUACAGAUAUACACAGCUUUAAUAUAUUAUGGCCCUCCAAUUGUAUCUAAAAUAAAAGCUGAAUUAGCUGAUCUACUAAAACAAAAUGGAUACAACAAUGUCAAUGAGGCAGUAGGAAAAGGAGUUAAAUUCUGAUAAAAUGUAUUAUAAUUUAUUAACAGUAUAAAUUUUAUUUUGUUCCAUUAUGACA